UGUCCUCCAUCCUUGGGUUCUAGCCUCCAUCCGUAUUCAUCUUCAUCCCCAGAUUCCAGGAUCCAUCCCUCUGUCUUUUCCUAUCACAAGGCUCCAUCUUCCAUCUAGGUUUUGGCCUUCGUGUUUCUUCUCUCAUUCUGGCAUGUGGAGGACUCUGACCUCCAUAUUCUGUCCCUCAUCCCAUUAUGGCACCCAAGGAUUCCAUGUCCCUUCUCCAGACCUGACGCCCGCCUCCCUCUGUUCUCAUGCCUGUUACGGUGCCUGUUCCGGUCUUUCUGUCCUCGUCUCUCUUCCAGCGGACAGGGUGGCUCAAUGAGUAGGGCUGUGGCUGGUUUGUGGGGAGCUCUGGGUUCUCGUUCUGUUUUGUGCACUGGGCCAUCUCUGGCAGGUCGCUCCUCUGGCCUGCCAUGGGGUGGCACGAAUGGGAUUCCUGUCAUCCCAGGCUCUCCUCCUCUGUGAGUGUCUCCUCAGCUUCUCUCUCUCUUCCUUGUCUCCUCAUUCCUCCCAGUCCCCACCUCCUUCCAUCCCCUAACUCUUCACCUCCCACCCCGCGUUCCCCAUCCCUUCUCUCCUAGGCGGUACGUGAGGGCCUCGUGAUGCCGGUGGUGAAGACUGAGGGGGCUGAGGAUUUCACCGGAGCCACAGUGAUUGAGCCCCUGAAAGGGUACUACGAUGUCCCCAUCGCGACCCUGGACUUCUCCUCCCUGUACCCGUCCAUCAUGAUGGCCCACAACCUGUGCUACACAACGCUGCUGAGGCCAGGGGCUGCCCAGAAGCUGGGCCUGACCUCUGACGAGUUCAUAAAGACCCCGACGGGGAAUGAGUUUGUGAAGGCGUCUGUGAGGAAGGGGCUUCUGCCUCAGAUCUUGGAGAACCUGCUCAGUGCCCGGAAGAGGGCCAAGGCAGAGCUGGCCAGAGAAACCGAUCCCCUGCGGCGGCAGGUCCUGGACGGACGUCAGUUGGCGCUGAAGAUCAGCGCCAACUCUGUCUACGGCUUCACCGGAGCCCAGGUUGGGAAGCUGCCCUGUGUGGAGAUCUCUCAGAGUGUCACUGGCUUUGGGCGACAGAUGAUCGAGAAGACCAAACAGCUGGUGGAGUCCAAGUACACCGUGGAGAAUGGGUACAGCGCCGACGCCAAGGUGGUGUACGGAGACACAGACUCAGUGAUGUGCCGCUUCGGGGUCCCCUCGGUGGCGGAGGCCAUGGCGCUGGGCCGAGAGGCCGCAGACUGGGUGUCCAGCCACUUCAUCUCGCCCAUCCGGCUGGAGUUCGAGAAGGUCUAUUUCCCAUACCUGCUCAUCAGCAAGAAGCGCUACGCGGGCCUGCUCUUCUCCUCGCGCUCCGACUCUCACGACAAGAUGGAUUGUAAAGGGCUGGAAGCCGUCCGCCGCGACAACUGCCCUCUGGUGGCCAACCUGGUCACGUCUUCGCUGCGGCGCCUGCUCAUUGACAGGGACCCCUCUGGCGCGGUGGCCCACGCCCAGGACGUCAUCUCGGACCUCCUCUGCAACCGGAUCGACAUCUCGCAGCUGGUCAUCACCAAGGAGCUGACCAGGGCCGCCGCUGACUACGCGGGGAGGCAGGCCCACGUCGAACUGGCCGAGAGGAUGAGGAAACGGGACCCCGGCAGUGCCCCCAGCCUGGGGGACCGAGUGCCCUAUGUCAUCAUCAGCGCCGCCAAGGGCGUUGCGGCCUACAUGAAGUCAGAGGACCCCCUGUUUGUGCUGGAGCACAGCCUGCCCAUUGACACGCAGUACUACCUGGAGCAGCAGCUGGCGAAACCCCUGCUGAGGAUCUUUGAGCCCAUCCUGGGCGAGGGCCGGGCUGAGGCCGUGCUGCUGCGCGGUGAGCACACUCGCUGUAAGACGGUGCUGACGGCCAAGGUCGGGGGGCUUCUCGCCUUCGCCACACGCAGGAGCAGCUGCAUUGGUUGUCGGGCUGUCCUCAGCCACCAUGGAGCUGUGUGCAAAUUCUGCCUUCCCCGGGAGUCUGAGCUGUACCAGAAAGAGGUGGCGCACCUGGGCGCCCUUGAGGAGCGGUUCUCCCGCCUCUGGACGCAAUGCCAGCGCUGCCAGGGCAGUCUGCAUGAGGACGUGCUCUGUACCAGGUUGGAGGAUUCGCACUUUUCUUGCCAGUACUCAGAUGGAGUCUUCUACGAUCUGGACAGCAGCAAACACCCCGGCUACGUGGACCCCGAAGGCAUGGUGGACUCCCUGUGGGGCUGGACAGAGCCACCGCCCAGCCUGGCCACUGCCUAUGAGCCCUUCGACCCCUCGGCAGCCUCACUUGGCCAACUCCAGGGUCUUCAACUCUCCUACCUGCCUGUCAGCUAUGGCCCCAUUGGGCAGCUGGAGCCGGCCCCGGGCCCAGGGCUCAGCACCUACCCGGAGGAGGAUUUUGGAGGCCAGCCCCUGGCCUCAUUUACCCAGUUCCCCAGUCCUGGCUUAUCUGAGGACGAGGAGUUCCCAGGGGAUAGCCCAGCCCUGGAGGUGUCUGACAGUGAGUCGGAUGAGGUCCCGGCAGCUGGAGGGGAAGGGACAGGAGCCGAUGCAGGUGCCCGGAAGAAGCUCCGUCUCUACCAGUUCUUGCUGGGGCUGCUGACCCGCGGGGACAUGCGGGAGUGCGUGUGGUGGGUAGAACCCGGGGCCGGCGUCUUCCAGUUCUCGUCCAAGCACAAGGAGGCCCUGGCCAGGCGCUGGGGCCAGCAGAAAGGCAACCGCAAGCGGAUGACCUACCAGAAACUGGCCCGGGCCCUCCGCAACUACGCCAAGACCGGAGAGAUCCGCAAGGUCAAGAGGAAACUCACGUACCAGUUUGACAGCACCCUGCUGACCCCCCGGCGGGCGUGAGGGCCCCGGCCGCGGGGGGACGGCUGUCUCGGGCCCCGAGGCGUCUCAGAGAUCCCCCUGCUGUCGCCAAGAGUGCCUUGGGGUGCCCUGUCCCUCCGAGUUCAGAGCCUGUGAAGGCUCCCCAUCAGAAGGCACACCCUGUCUGGGGCUGUCUUAGGGCCUCAGGCAUCCCUGGCCUAGGAUGAUUCCAGCGCUAGCUUCUUGGGAAUGGGUCCCCUGGCAGUCUGUAGCCCUUGCCCCUUUUCCUGACCCGGGCCGGGGGUCAGGAGGAUCCAGCCCCGACAUGCCCUGUGACUUUGGGGGAGAUGGGCCUCGAGUCCUUAGCUGUAAACACAAGGGACUGCAGCCUCCAACUGCUAAGGGCCCAGUGGUCCAGGCCCCUUCCCGCCUGAGCGGAUGCCGGCUCGGACCGUGCUGCCCUGCCUGGGUGACCCCCUCUCCACCAGAGCUCCGGACUAAGUCACCAGGCCUAGGGAAAUCAAAGGCAUCAGCACAGCCAAGGGUCUGCCGAGGGCUCAGACAUAGAUUUUGGACUGGGGGGAACCAUAUAGCACUGGAAAAGAGGGAGAGAAAUGUGGGACCAAGGGUCCCAGGCUCUGGUCAAAACCUGGUUUCAGAUCCUGGCCCCCUCAAUGGCUGCCUGGGUAACCUACUCUGGCCCUUGUCUCUCUCUAAGCUGUGUGACCUUGGCCGUGCCUCAGUUCCCCCAUGUGUAAAAAGAGGGGGUUUCCCCCGGAAUGAUCCCUAAGGUCUCUCUGGCUUUUUCCUUCGGUGACAUUUCAGACCUGGCCCUGACUCAUUGUGCAAUCUUGAGUGUGUUGUCCCUUCUGGGCCUCAGUUUCUCCCUGAGGGAGUUUGACCAGAUGACCCCCAAGGUUCUGUCUGGCUUGGAGGUUGUAUACUGGGAUCUGAAGGGUUCUGGGGAUUCCCAAAGUGGUACGGGCGCCCUCUGAAGUACUGAGUGCCCUUUCCCUGGACGAUGGGGUUUAUUGUCAUCUGGGCCUCUGGGAGUCCUUCCAAGUCUGAGGCCCUGGGACCCCUGCCCACUGGAGCUUUCUCUGAGGUGGGGUGGUUCCCCACAAUCCUCCUCAGCUGGUUCCGGGGCCAUUCUCCCUCAGUGCCCCCUAGGUCUCCUCCCUACCUGUCACCUGGAGAGGGGAUGGGUCAGGGGUGUACAGAGGGGCCCAGAAUCCUUUGGGCUUAGGAGAGCCUGGCCUCAGAGUCCAUUGCAGGGAAGCCAGGAAGACUUAGGCUGGGCCCCUGACCUCCAAAGCGGAGUCCAUCCCUCCCCACCAAGAAACCAAGCUCCCUGCCCCUUCCUGCCAGGGACCUCGGGGUCAUGUCUCACCUUACAAAGUAAUGAAUUCUGCAAAUAAAAGAUGAACACACGCCAA